CAAAGUCGCAUUAGCUGUCAGUAGCCGGUGGCCGAUAUCCAUUUCUCCAUCUGAUUCAUGUAAAUAGUAGCAGGAGGAGACGACGGGUCGGGUGUGAUGUGCGCGGUUCAUAACAAAUUCUAAAGUAAUGUGAGCAAACGUUCGCAAAAUCUUCAAAAUUGUAUGUAGGCUGUCGUUCUCACACCCAGAAUUACCAAACGUGCGAUAUCAGCUUUCUCAAUAUGCGGUUGCAAAACUAAUGUCCUAGGAUGGGCGCAAACAGGUCGCAGGAGGUUGCGUAUCAGGAGGCAGAACCGCACUGGGCACGUUAUGGAUCCAUCAACUUUGACGACGAAGCCCCUGCAGAAGUCCUCAAGGUCGGAGCAUCUGUUGGCAAAGAAAUUUCACCCGUUCGGCGAUUCUUUGCCCUGUUGGCCACAUUUGAUUUCUGCUUUUGUACCUUCCUGUGGAUUUUAUGUGCAAUGCUCCAGUACAAACUUGUAAGGCUUGUAUUUGACCAAGAAGUCCUGGCAUACAGUUUUGCCAGCUCAUUAUUUGACAUGGCUGUGCUUUCUGGAGUGCGAUUUGUGGGGCUCGUUGUUGCAUACAUUAUUCUGAGACUCAGACAUUGGUCUCUGGUGGCUGUCAUGGCAGUUCUAAGUGAUGGAGUUGUCAUAAGCAAGACAUUCUUCUAUGACUGGCAGACACAAGUGGCAACCAAUUUAGGAGGACUUACUGGUGUACUACUUUUGGUGACUUCGUUUGUGCUUCCGUGGGGCCAGGCAUGGUUUUUAGACUACCGUGUAGUGCCCAGUGAAAACAAGGCAUCGCAGCUACUUGCACGUGUUGUCAACGAUGCAUUCCCUCCAGUGCCCUCAACACAUCAGCAUCUCAGAAGUGAUGAUGGAGGAACAUCUUUCUAUUCUCCCGAAGGGUCAGACAACGAAAGUGUUCCUGAACAUGAUCUCCAUGUAAGAAGUGAGACAAAUUAUGCUCAGGAUAGUAGGGUUCGAUUUGAGCAAGACUCACAAAUCAAGCAGUUAACCCCUGAGGAAUGGGCAUACAGGAAGAAGGCCGAGGAAGCUUUAAAUAUCGCCUUGAAGAUAUUUCAUGAAAGCAACUGGAAGACCGAGAAGAUGGACCAUGACGGCUUCAUUCAGACAUGCAAUAAUUCGCAGUUUGGAAAAAUUUAUAAGUAUGCGGGGUCCCUGCCAGCAUCUCCCGAAACAAUUUUAGACAUUUUGUUCUAUAAAUUAGAAGAGCAAGUCUACUGGAAUCCAAGUGUUAGGGAAGCAAAGGUGAUCGAAACUAUUGAUGCUCAAACAGACAUCGUAUAUAUUGUUACAGAUGGUGCCAAAGGCUUAGUUUCAUCCAGGGAUUUUGUCAACCUUAGGAUGUGGCAGAGAAGAGGAGAAUCUUUUUUGAUUUGUGUCAUUGCAGCUGAGCAUGUAAAUAAGCCUCCUAAGAAGACUAUGGUCAGGGCAGAGCAGGGUCCUCUUCUUUACAUGGUUGCACCAUCAGAAAGCAAUGCUAAUGAGAGCAAAUUUCAGUGGUUGCUCAAUAUCAACCUCAAGGGAUGGCUACCACAGUACAUGAUCGACAAAGCAAUGUCAAAGAGCAUGUUUGAUUAUGCCGAUGCCUUAAAAGCUCACCUAAGGAGCCUUCCUACAUCUGAAGUGUGUGCAUAAAAGAACGAACCUGCAUGUGCACGGAAAUAUAUAUUCUUUUACUGCUGUCCACCA